CGGCGGCUGCGGUUACUAGGCUGCCUGCGGCGGACCAUGGCCGUGGCCUGGCGUCCCUGGCCUCUCCUACCGGAGUCCUGGGACAGCGUCGCCGAGCGGGCCGACUUCCGGGAAGGAACUAACAAGCGACUGAGCGGUGGCCGGCGCGCUUAGCGCCCUGAACAUGCGGCAGUCCCUGCGGGCGACCCCGAGCUGCGGAGAGGCGGCGGCGGCGGCGGCUCGGGAGGGAAGGAGGCGGCGGCGGCGCCGGCGAGGUGGUGGUGGGGCUGCCGGCGCCCGGCGCGGAAUCCUAAGGAGGCUGCUUGGCGCGGCCCGGGGCCUCGUCCACAAGAAUGCUGUCCCGAAAGAAAACCAAAAACGAAGUGUCCAAGCCUGCCGAGGUGCAGGGCAAGUACGUGAAGAAGGAGACGUCGCCUCUGCUGAGGAAUCUCAUGCCUUCAUUCAUCCGGCAUGGUCCAACAAUUCCAAGACGAACUGAUAUCUGUCUUCCAGACUCAAGCCCUAACACCUUUUCAGCUUCUGGAGAUGGAAUAGUUUCAAGAAACCAGAGUUUCCUUAGAACUCCCAUUCAAAGAACACCUCAUGAAAUAAUGAGAAGAGAAAGCAACAGAUUAUCUGCACCUUCUUAUCUUGCCAGGAGUCUAGCAGAUGUCCCUAGGGAAUAUGGCUCUUCUCAGUCAUUUUUAACAGAAGUUAAUUUUGCUGUUGAAAAUGGAGACUCUAGUUCCCGAUAUUACUAUUCAGAUAAUUAUUUUGAUGGUCAGAGAAGGCGUCCACUUGGAGAUCGUGCACAUGAAGACUACAGAUAUUAUGAGUACAACCACGAUCUCUUCCAAAGAGUGCCACAGAAUCCAGGGAGGCAUGCUUCAGGUAUUGGGAGAGUUGCUGCUACAUCUUUAGGAAAUUUAGCUAACCAUGGUUCCGAAGAUUUACCCCUUCCUCCUGGUUGGUCUGUGGACUGGACAAUGAGAGGGAGAAAAUAUUAUAUAGAUCACAACACAAAUACAACUCAUUGGAGCCAUCCUCUUGAGCGAGAAGGACUUCCUCCAGGAUGGGAACGAGUUGAGUCAUCAGAAUUUGGAACCUAUUAUGUAGAUCACACAAAUAAGAAGGCUCAAUAUAGGCAUCCCUGUGCUCCUAGUGUACCUCGGUAUGAUCAACCUCCUCCUGUCACAUACCAGCCACAGCAAAGUGAAAGAAAUCAGUCCCUUCUGGUACCUGCAAAUCCAUAUCAUACUGCAGAAAUUCCUGACUGGCUUCAGGUUUAUGCACGAGCCCCUGUGAAAUAUGACCACAUUCUGAAAUGGGAACUCUUCCAGCUGGCUGACCUGGAUACAUACCAGGGAAUGCUAAAGUUGCUUUUCAUGAAAGAACUGGAACAGAUUGUUAAAAUGUAUGAAGCCUACAGACAGGCUCUUCUCACAGAGUUGGAAAACCGCAAGCAGAGACAGCAGUGGUAUGCCCAGCAACAUGGCAAGAAUUUUUAAUUUUUUAAAAAUAAUGUUUAAGUUUUCUAAGGGCUUUAAAAUAUUUUCACAGAUAAAAAAAACUGCAAACAAGUACUUUGAUUAAUGAAGGCAGCUUACUUUUUUUUUGAAGUUACAAAUUUCUAAUUUUACAUGUUUUUUGUUAUUAAAAAUAUUCUUUUAUUGAGCAAAAAAAAGAGUUUAUCAUUUUAAGAGCCAACAUGGUAAACAAUUCUAAAUGCUGUAUAUUAGGAAGCUGCUUGAAUGUUCUCCCUGGAGACAAAUGUGGCAAGAAAUGUCAUUAUAGCCAGGUAUUAAAUAGGAAAUGGUCACUUGGUAAACUCUUAAGUAACAAUACCUUUCUUUACAAAAGAGUGAUAACCUAUGCAGUAUUUUUAAAACAAUGUUUACUGCUUUAGUGUGGAAUAUUAUGUGGAAUUGGAUGUUUAAAUAUUACUAUUAUGUAGUUCAAAACACUAAAUGAGGUUUGAGUCCUUUAUUAUAAUAAAUUUUUCUAUAUAACAUGGGGUUCCCCACCCCACUAAAUGUAAAGAAUGCUUUUAAAACAUGUUGAGGAAGUAAUUUUUGGUAUGAAAGGAUGAAGGGCUUGUAAUCUGUCAGGAAUAAAUCGAAGCAUAAGGCCUUAGCCCAUGUGGAGAAGGUGUGCAAGCAUGCAGAAUUGCUGACACCGCUUCCUUACUUUCAGCCAGGGCUCUUACGCAUUUAGUAGCGCAGCUCUGAUGAGACAGUGGUCGGUUACCGACAUCAGAGCAGGCUGCCAUCCUGAGAGACUGGGUUGAGCUGCCAAAACUGACAAUCAGGGAUUAAGACAUUUUGGUCAUUAAAUUGAUUUUUAUGUAUUUUUAUCUUCUGAGAGUUUGUCACAGAACUUUAAAACCCAGUAUUUCCUACCAAUAUUUCUCCUCUUGGUUUAAUAGUUAUUAAGACAUUGUUCAUAAUUAGUGCAGCACAUUUGAUUGCAGACAGAUUUAUGGCACUUCUAGCCUAUAAAUCUCUAGAAUUCUGUGAAUUUCACAUUAAUUGAAGUAGUUCUUCAGUUAUAUUUACAUGUAUUAUAAAUAUGUAAAUACAUUUUUAGGUAACCCUCCAGAAUACAAAAGGCACUCCAGUUAGAUAUCAGUGAGUUUGAAUUACUGAUAAAAUGUUGGAAAUAUUAAAAUGUUUGAUUUUAUAUAACAAGCUUAUUAAAUAUAUUUUUGUGGAAA